CAUCCCCUUAUGCGACUCAUUGCUGCCAUUGAGGUCAUCAACUCUAUGGAAUUCAGAUCCAGUCAUCUCACGAUUCCUCGCCAAGCAACUCUCCCUCCAGAAAUAGGGAACCACGACUCCCGCUGAAGGACAAAAGAAGCUCAGGCACACCGAGCUAAGAAACAAUGCACGUGUAUAUAGAAGGGGCGUGCCCCUGGUUGGACGAGCACAUCAAGUCGUUUAUUCGAAACCACGUUUCAGAGGCCAACUUCAUCGACGACUUUGACAAGUUCCCGACGGACGCACCGACCAUUUUCCAGUUCUGCAACGGCUGGGAACUGAAUCGCAAUUUUGCCGUCCUCAAUGGCGCAGACACGGCACUCAUCAACGCCUACCCCAACAGCGAUGCCCUGGCCCGGAAGGACUAUCUCGCCAGGGUCGUGGAAUUGUGGACGGCGAAAAGGCCGGACAGCAUCCUAAAGAGACACUCCCCGCUCACGGUGCGGCUGUCUCUCGACUACGCCGAGUAUGUUGAUGACGCCCUGAUGGCUGCAGAUGAUCUCACGCUGUUAUACUCACUGGAGGAGAACGCGGAAAAGGCAGCGUCUGAACGUGAGUGGUGGAUCCUCAAACCUGCGCUGGUUGAUUGUGGCGCCGGCAUUCGAAUUUUCAGCACCAUGGAAGAGCUUGCCAGCCAUCUCGAGCUUGUUGAGUAUGACGUCGAUGACGAGGAUGAGGAGGAGCUCUCCGAGGAAGGGCAGGGAUGGGACGGAAAACCCGGUGAUACGAACGGGUUCUCUCCGACCUUGUCGCUCCCUGGUCUGGACUCUCUAGAUGGACUGAUUGGUGCCACUGGGGCCAUGACACUCAAUGGGAGUUUCGGGAAGAAAGCCAAGAAGCCGCAGUACGUGUUCAAGGAGAACGGACGCAUACCUUCAGCUCAGAUGCGCGAAUUCGUCGCGCAGAGGUACAUUGUCUCUAUUCCGCUGCUGGAGAAGAGAAAGUGGCACGUCCGGGCCUAUGUCCUUUCUGUCGGGCGUCUCAAGGUCCACGUCUUCCGGGAGAUGCUCGCGCUCCUGGCCGUGGAGGAUUACGAGCCGCCCUGGGAUAACCCUAGCCUCAGGUCAUCCCUGACCAACACGGCACUACAGGACGAAGACGAGUUCGUGAGCAAGGAAUCGAUGCGAGACUUUUGGGCGACCCCUGACGAUUUGCUACCCGGAGACUGGAAGAAUCGCAUUUUCGAUCAGAUCUGCGGCAUCUCGGCCGAGCUGUUCCGCGCAGCUGCCCAUACAAUGGCCGACAAAUUCACGACCAUGGACAAAUGCUUCGAGUUGUUUGCUUUGGAUUUCCUCAUCGACACAAAUGGGUCGGCGUGGCUCUUGGAAGUGAACGAGACACCGGCUUUCUACGAGCACGGGGUAGCAGGUCCGGUAGCGCUGCGCCUUAUGGAAUCGGUCAUUUGUGUUGCUAUGGAGCACAUGGGCAAAGCUCAGGUCGGUGAUGCUCGGAAUGCAGUUGCCAGACGCAGAAUGGUGGAAGUGCUGGACGAGACCGAGAAACUCGCGAAGAGCAACAUCACGGAGAUCUUGCCCGAAAGCUAG